GGAGCCCGGUGGAGGAGGCUUUUCGCGGAGCAGCUCCGCAGGACGUCCAGCUGUUAUGGCGUCCAGAGCUGCUCCCUCCGUCCUGCCUCCCCGGGCUGGCGCCUCAGAGUGACUCGUCUGUCUCUCCCCCACUUCCCCCAUGCCUGCCAAUAUCACGAUAGUCGCGCCAGCACGAGGUCGGGGGUUGCUCGCGUGCGGGAUGCCAGGCUCUGAGGGCUGGCAGCCGAGGAUCACCAACCACAGAAGUUAUGAAUGUCAUCUGUCGCCUAAAGUUGCCAGGCAGGAACUGUUUUUUCUCUUCUUUGGCUUCUUUGACCAAGGAGAAGUGUAAUAAUCUCAAGAGAUGUUAUGCAGGAUAUUGCCAAACUCAAGUCAGUUGCACACAAGACAAAUGCCAAGGACUGGGUCUGAUUGGAAAUACUAGAAACUGUUUUUUGACUGGAAGCCCUGACUCCUGUAGAAACUUCACUGUUAAAGGACUGAGUUGUCUUUUGAAUGUCCCAAAUACACAACUAUACAAUAACGCACAUCACAUUUCAGGAAGGUUUUUUUCCCAGUCUUCUCAGACACUGGAGGAGAAGAUCACAUCCCUCCAGAUCGGUUCUGUAGGGAAACUCCCACAGCAUUUUUCUGCUUGGAGCAUUCAGGUCACCAGGUCUUUUCGCACAUCACCAUCAUUUCAGGCAGCACCAGUUCCUCUUUUCUGGAUUAUUGUUAAGCCAGCUCAGAAGUUACUUGCUAUCAUUCUUGGAAGGAGCAUAAGAAAUUGGUGGAAGGCACUUCCUCCUAAUAAACGGGAACUUUUAAAACAAAGUGCAAGAAAAAAUAAGUGGAAGAUACUCUUGGGUGUCAGUAGCUUUGGAGUUUUGUUUGUCAUGUUUUAUUUUACUCACUUGGAGGAGACACCCAUCACUGGGCGUGCUCGACUGUUGGUGUUUGGGAAAGAGCAUUUUAGGGAACUGUCACAGAUGGAGUAUGACAUGUGGAUGGAGGAAUUCAAAGGCAAAAUGUUACCUGAGACAGAUGUAUGCUAUCAGGUUGUGGAGAGAGUUGUUGGUCAUUUAUCUGAAAGUAACAAGGACAUCCCACAGGUCUCAGCCCUCGAAUGGGUUAUCCAUGUGGUAGAUGAACCAGCUAUAAAUGCAUUUGUGCUUCCAAAUGGUCAAGUGUUUGUUUUCACUGGGUUGCUAAAUGCAGUUUCUGAUAUCCAUCAGCUGUCUUUCAUUUUGGGACACGAGAUAGCUCAUGCUGUGCUGGAACACGCGGCAGAGAAAGCCAGCCUGGUUCACUUCUUGGAUUUUCUAUCACUCAUAUUUCUCACUAUGAUUUGGGCCAUCUGUCCUCGUGAUAGUUUGGCAAUUGUUGGACAGUGGAUUCAGAGCAAGUUGCAGGAGUUUAUAUUUGAUAGACCGUACAGCAGAACAUUGGAGGCUGAAGCUGAUAAAGUGGGACUUCAGUUUGCAGCAAAGGCUUGUGUGGAUGUAAGAGCAAGCAGUGUAUUCUGGCAGCAAAUGGAAUUAGCAGAAACCAUUGAAGGGCAGCCCAAGCUACCAGAGUGGCUCUCCACACACCCUUCUCAUGAAAACAGAGCUGAGCACUUAGACCGGCUUAUCCCAGAGGCCCUUAAAAUAAGAGAGAGCUGCAAUUGCCCAACUCUUUCUGGACCAGAUCCUCGCCUCAUUUUUAAACUUAGCAUGCAACAUCUCCUGGAAUCGUCUAAAGAUCAAGAAAUCCCAAAUUCUACAAAGCAAGAUCUCUCAAAACCAAAACUGGAUUCUCCUCACCCUCAAAAAGUAGAAGAAAUGGCUGUAACUUUUUCGGUUAAACCUACAAACUAAUGAUAGUAAUUUUCAAUUUCUAUGAAACUUUUGGUCCCUGAAAGUCUAUCUUAUAACAGAAAUUUGUCUUUGAACCAUAAAGAAGAUGUAGCUGCUCAUAUUCUAUGUUUCUUUUAUAUGAUCUCUCACUCAAAGCAAUAAGGAACUAUGCCCACACAAGAAGAGCAGUAUGUUGGAGCAGACAGUGUCUUAUUCAUCAAGAGUUACUAAAAUAAAUCACUUCUCAGGGGAAAGAUAAUCUCAUACAGUCCAGUCACACAGUGUAAUUUUCAGCUUUAUCAGGCUCACCUUGAUAAGAGGACGGAUGAGCCAGAAGUGUCCCUAAAGCUGAGGGAAAAGUACAAUUUUCAUCACUUAGGUUGUCUGGUUUAUCCUGCAAUUUGAGUUAGAUCUCUUCAGCUUCAUUUGAGAAAUAAUGAGGAGAGCUUACCGUCUGUUCCACAUACCCUAUGUUUAAAAGUAUUAAGCUGAGAUGCAGUAAUAGCCUAUGGGCUAGAUACACCCCCACUUAAUUAGGUGGAUUUAGUGCAGGGAUUUUUUUUCUUUCUAAAGCAGUUUAGAAUAUGGAUUGAUUCAACAUUUUCCUUCAAAGCAACCUGAAAGGGUUGUACAAAGUUCAGUUUUUUAAAAAAAGAGUUAAAUAAUUUUCGAGGAAGUCUUUCUUCUGGGAGAAUACUGUAUAAGAAUCCGAGUUUGUAGCACUGGAAUGCUUUCAAGGGUGUCUUUUUUUUAAAUGAUCAAGCUGCCUCAUCAGAGGGCACUUUAUUGCAGUAACAUUGGAUUUAGAUGUACCCGUUUGGAGAGGAGUGAUUGCUGAUGUGAAAAUAUAUUACUCAGUAGACACAUACAACACAGUUUCAUGACUGCACAGCUUUUGCAGCUGUACCUUAUCCCAAAAGCUGAUUUCUGUUCAGGAAAUUGAGCAUCCCUCUCCUUCCACCAGUCUCCCUAAAGCCACAUGCUUUAUACUGUGGAAACCAAUAUGCACAAUAUAGGUAAGGUUAAUGGGCUAGCCAUUGUAGCCAGAAUGUUAAUCUUUAUUUGCACGUUGGAGUUACCCUUGCUUUGCAGUUGAUGAAAAUACUGAAAUGUCGAUCUUGCAAGAAGAUGGAGAAAGAGGUGGCAGAGAAUGAAAAUUAAAAAGGGACAUCCCAUUCCUUUAUCUGUUUAAAGCUAUUUGCUUUUGUUUUGUUGUUGUUGUAUUGAAAUGUCCAUUUCGUGUGUGGUAAGGUGUUACAGGAAGGGGACAUGCAGAGUAUUUUACAGUCUAUUGUAUUUUGAAACGUUCUUUUUAUAUAUGGAUGGGGGCGGACGUUACCAUAUUUCUACCAUUAAAUCAGGAUGCAGGCUUUUAAAAAGGAAAAAAAAUAUUCAGUGCUGUCAGUAAAUAGAAUUGGGAAAAAAAGAUUGUAAAACAAGUAAUUUUUUUUACUGACUUCAGUCAAUGGACCAGAGUCCUUUGAGAAACACCAGUAGCUACCUGCCUUCUCUCUAUUUAGAGGUAAGUUGAUGUAUCUGUAAUGUUGAUGAUUCUAGGUCUGAGUAUAUAGGUCUGGAUUGGCUGCAUAUUGCUUACAAGCUGUUUUUAAAUCUCUACUCAAUACUCCUAGCAAGAGACAGAAUGUCCAGCCUGACCAUUAUUCAUCCAUCCAUUUUUAUUCUUAGUGACAGGAGUUUUUGUAACAGACGUUCAGUGAUGUGUUGAAGCAUUUGGACAUUGUCACCUGAAGGUAAACAGAGAAACACACCGCUUAGAUUUCCCUGUGGACAUUAUAGUUUAUACUGCAACGGCAAGACCCCAACGCUGCUGCCUCUCUCUUGCUGCAGUGUCAAAACUUGUUUUGUUAUCCAGAGAUCCUGGUUGUCAUGCAACUUGAUGUUUGCGUCUGUUUAGGACUAAGGAGAACACAGAAGAGUUUUUAUAGCAUUCAAGAUGAAGUAUGAAACUACACAAAUUUCAUAUUUUUACCAUCUGUUUUAAGUGACUUUAGUAUUGCAAUAGCAUGCUAACACUGAAACACUAUAGUUUUAAAAGUCCAAGAUGGAAUAUUGAAAAUUUCAGGUUUUACUUUACUUCUUGAAUUAUCCCUAAUAUUUUUCUCAAAGGUUUGGGAGGGGUUCUGCUUUCUGCUUCUCUCAGGUCCAACACAGAAAAUGCCUUCUGCUCAUCUACCUCCUGGAGGGCACUUGGGCCUUAAAUUCUUAAAGUAUUUUCCCUUUCUUGAACAGAAAAGUUCAAGUACUUGAAAGAUGCAGGUCAUAAAAGAGGGAGAACAGUGGCUGAAGUGAAAAAACAUUAAGAUAGAUCAGUGAAAACACAUCUGCAUUUCCACCAGUGUGUGCUGCACUUCCCAGAUUCCUGUUGAAAGACUAAGCUUCUAGUACACAGUUUACUGUAUUUCAAUGCAUUUACUGUAGUGGGAGUGUUGAGAGAUUUCAUAAGCAGAGGAUAUGCAUUCAAAGCAGCCCUGUAAUGAAAAUGCCUCCUUAGAACUUUUGGGUUGUUUUUUUUUAACUUGAAAUGCAUAAAUGCUAGGAAAGCAAAGCAAACAGCUGUUAGAAUGCACUUUGUUCUUGAAUUCUGUUUGUAGUUAUUAAAAGAGAACAAUCCCGUAAGUUUGAUGCUUUUUUCAUGUAUUCUGUAGGCUGCCACAGCUUUGUUUUUCACUGUGGUGUCAGUAUCUCAAUACCCGUGGUUGAAAAAUUAUUUCAAUAUAAUAGUCCGUUGUAAGCUCUUUACUGCCAUCAACAUUCUCUGUGCUCAAAAUCCUUGUUGUUUUUCCAGAUCUUGAGAGCUUUUGAAAGACAAGGAGGAUGAUCACAAAGUGUGGUUAGAAACAGAGGUGGCAGGAUUUCUGUCAGCAGUACACUGUGGCUUCUUUAAGUUUCCAAUCCUUAUUGCAGAGUGUGGUUUAGUCACCUGCAGUAAGGAAUGAUACUAAUGACUUGCAUUUCUAGAUUGAAGCGUGAAGCACCUCAUAAAUACUAUUUUUUUCUGUGCUACCUGCAGAGAUGGACUUUGUAACAGGUUUUUUUUUGGAGAUGCUGAAGCUCACUAAGGUGAUUUUAGCAAAGCUUUACUGCAGAUGAGUGGAAAAAAGUAGGGUUAGAACUCUGGUGUUCUGAAUGAUUCCUUAGCUUCCCCCAGCAGCACAAAGCAGAAUAUCUGUGUGUCUCAAACCAGAGUCCUCAUGGCAAAUCAAACUACUCAGCUCUGGGUGAUUGUUACAUUUACAGGGUCUAUCACCUUUCAGUGUGUACCUGCAGAGGCUGAAUGUACCUCUUCAUGCAUACUUGAUGAAGAUACAGUUAUUUGUUCUUGAUGCAGUUCUGUCUUAAUUACUUUGUCUUAUGUAUAAACUGGUUAUUGUUUGGUUACUGCUCAACUUCACUAAGCACAUGAUGCCUAAACCUAUUGACAUGGUGAUUAUUUAAUCUCAAAAACGUUUAACCUCAAUUUUAUGAUUACACCACAAAAUCAGGGUUUCUUAUGUAGUUACUGUCACAUUAGCUGUAAGAUAACUGUACAAAAGUUGGGUACAGUUCUCUUUCCCGUGCCCCCACUCCAUCUUUUUCUCAGCAAGGGCUGCUGAGAGAGGAAUCGGGAUAAGCAGAAUGGAGUGUUCUGCCUGUGAUAACUUUAUUGCUGAGGUUGGCAAUUGUUGGCAGAUCUGUAAAGAGAACUGACUGAGUGUCUCUGGUGUCCCUCAUCCCUGCCUACACAUAUUGCAGCCAUCCAGUAAAUGUGCUGUUUGAUCUUGUGGAGCCUAAGGCUACAUGCCAAAUAUAGGCCUAGAAUAAUACUCCUGGCUAUGUUGUUCUGGCUGUGCCAGCUGAAGUCUGCUGCUCUUAGUACGAGUCAGGGGUUCUUGUCCAGAUUUAUGAAUGGGUGCAAAGAAUUGUUAUCUCCAGCACAUAAAUUCAUUAUAACUAUUAAACUAAGCUGAAAUUGAACCUGUUGACCUGGAAGUGAAUGGCUCCAUAACAUUUCAUUAAUCCUUUGAGAUGUUUAAUUCCUGCUAAUUUGAUAUUUCAGAUAUGAUCUUCUGUACAGAUAUAAUGGCUUAAUUAGUAUACAUUACAUGAUGUCUCUUCACACUACAGCGUGUACAGUAUUUAUCCACUAGAAAAGUAAUUCAGUAGAGCUCAAUUAUAAUACAUUGACUAGAGCAUAAAAGUUGAAAAGGAUGUAUGCAGGAGUCAUAUUUUAAGCACAAACAUUUCUCAAGGAAUUUUCUAUUUGUUGAAAUAUAUCACCUUCUAAAAAGUAUGUUCUGUUACAGCUUACUAAAAUAUUUAAAUUUAAAAUGGGAUUCAGACAGUAUUGGAUUAAUUAGUGAUUCAUAACCAACAUUUGGUGGGACAACAUUUGUUAGAAACAAGAUGUAUAACUUAGUUACCUGUGUAAUACUCUUAAUACAAUCUUCCAUAUUGUUGUAGACCAGCAAAACAGAUGUGAAAAUACGGUUUUGAAGAGUAACUUUCUCUUUGAUGAUAUGGUUGUCUUCUGUAUCUUAAUUUGGUAAAAACACUGCAGCAUUUUUGGUGACAGAUUCCAAAACACAUGCUAAACAAAUGUAUGGUGUAGUGUUCAGUUAUCAAAUAUUUUGGCUGAAGACACCUGUUGCUAUCACACAGCUCUGUGUAGCAGUUCAGGACAGUGGUUCCGGUUGGAACUUCAAGGAACAAGCAAAGAGGAAGGUAUUAAAUCUUUGUAAUCUGGUCAUUUUGCUCAUGCCUCCCUAUGAAAAGUCAGUGAAGACACAGAUGCAAAGAAGCUCAAGUAGCUCAACUUAGAAACAGUUAAUUUAACAAGCAGAAGUAAGUUUUGCUUGUGGCGUGUGCUGUAUGAUCUGACCUCCCCCCUUUUUCCUUUUACCUUCAUUGGCCUGUAGAUUUUAAUGGGAAAGGUGUGUUUGUUGUAGCUAUAUUGGGACAUAUCGUGACAGCCUUGUGGUCAUUUUGUUUCUAAUGGCAAGUACAAAGGCUGUUUUCCAAAGUGAAUUCCAUCAAAAUGAUACCAUUUGGAUUUUUCCCCUGUUAAUGAAUGACAUCAUGGUCAAGGCUCUCCAGUUUCUCUCAGGUUCUUAUUGUGCCUUUUCUACACAAUCUAAUGUAGAAAAUUCAUUAAGAGCCCCAGAAACAGAGUGAGCAAACCAUCAUUUCAACAUCAAGUCAAUGUGGAAAAAAGAAAGGUGAUCCAUACAGAAGCUACUGGAUGUGUUAAAUGGUCUGAAAACUUGAUAAACCUUAUAGGAAGAUUUAAAGUUCUUAUGCAAAUUUCAUUGCAGGUUGUUCAUAGGCUGAAAUAGCACUUUUGACCUUUCAACUGUGUUGAGAUCAAACCAAAGGGGCCAGCAAAGAUGAGAGAAUCUGUUGGAUAAGUGUUGUUUCUUAACUCCCUCACUUCCAAAUUUCUAGAGUUGAUUAGAAGAUUGGGUGUUUAACCCUAUUGUCAAAUAAAAUCUUUUCCCCAAACUUUUAAAGGAUGUUUUUUCAUAUAGACAUUGGAGUUGGUUUUCUUU